GUCAUGGACCGAUUUGAAUAGGAGCUCAGCUCUUAGACCUCUCCUAUGCUUGGGUCUAUAUAUUAACUAUGUCGGUCAGGUAACCGCUAUCCUUCCAAUGUCCCCCUUGUCUGGUGAAGAGUACGAGCAGGUCGCCUAUGGCUUGGGUCCAUGGUUGGUAGGGAUGGCCCUCGAUUGGUUUUUCCUGGGCAUCUUGACGACUCAGGUAAGCGUUUUUGCGAAAUACCCGGUACAAAGUAUAUAUUUCAGACGUAUCCAGUUCUCCAACUAUUAUUCGUGGUAUGGCAGAAAGGAUGGCGUUGGUAUGAAGAUCGCGGUGGGCGUAUUGGCGCUUUUGACGACUCUAAAGUCUAUACAGGCCUCCAUUGUAUGGAUCCAGCAGAUAAACUAUUUCACCGACAUUCAAGGUGCCCUUGCGCUGCACGAAACAGCGUGGUAUCACACAGGAAACAUUAUUAUGGAGGCUUCGAUUUCCUUCUACGUUCAAUGUUACUUUUCCUAUCGCUUAUACGCUCUGUCGAAAAUGUGGUGGAUUGCCGCACCCAUCAUGGUGCUAUAUGUCUUGGGCCUGGCUUCUGCCAUAGUCGUGACCUACUACAUAGCUUCCUUCAUAAUUGACAAACAGACCGAACACUGGAUUUCCGUGCAUUAUGCAAGUGCUUUCGUGACUGAUCUUCUACUGUCAUCGGCAACGGCAUGGUUUCUUCUCACGAACAGAAAACACGUCUUGCCGCAAACCGCCAGUCUCCUCAACGCCCUAGCUCGCCUCACCUUCCAAACAGCAGCGCUUCCGGCGAUUUGCGCAAUGAUCAAUUUUAUCUUUGUCUACACAAUAGGCAGGACAUUCAAUAAUGUCGUCAGUGUUUUCAUCCAGGCGCUUCCGAAACUGUAUGCGAUUAGUAUGAUGUGGACGCUCAAUGCAAGACGGGCCAUUCGGGUCGCGUUCGCAAGUGGAGGGAGCGGAGGGUCCAGCACCGGGGAGGCUGUGCCUAGAAGCAUCGAGAGGACGAGAAGGGAUGAAAUACCCUUGAGUAAUCUGAACCCAGAUAGCGACCUCGAGAUGGAAUAGGAAACUGCAGGAACUUCUGUUGAUCUCGAGGCAGAUGGGAAACCUCGAUUCUAUUACUGCAAUAUGGAUCAUGAUACGACGAUUGCGGUCGCAUAGCUACCGUACCCAGCGCCGCUCGGUGCGAAAAGUGGGGCCCAGAAGCGCUUCAUUGUGCCGAGUUUUAGGCUCCAUGCUGGAGUGG